AGUAAACACUGAAAAUACUGACAAGGCAGACCACCGUUGUAACCCUUUAGCGCUAUUCAUUUGUUAGCUUUUUUGUUUUCAUGACACUAUCGUUACACAGUGAGCUAUUUGACUAAAGCAUACACGUAUUUACAGCUGAAACCGUUUAGCAAGUUUUGGCGUGGUCUGCUGUCUAACAGUCCGCUAGACUGUUUUCAAAAUCGCCGUCGCCAGCUGUCGAUACUGCAUAACGUGCUCUUACUGUUAAAAUACAGUGUUUCACACUCAGCAGACGCCACGAAGCUAAGGGUAAAGCUUCUUACACUCUGUGGACCAUGGCAGUCGAGCUCCAGUGCCCCCAGGCGGCUGUGGCCUGUCUGUUCCUCUUGCAGUGCUUGACCGGUGGCCUGUCCAUCCCAGACCCCAGACAAAGAGAGGCCCUUAUAAAGCUCGAGAUCUCCAUGCAGACAGGUGGGCAGCUGGUUUUGACUGAUGCGGAACAGCGGCUGGACUCUGUGCUGUUUAAAAUGAAACAGAAGGAGAUAGUUGGACCAGACUGCCCUCCUGCCAUGCACUUCUUCAAGGCCAGACACCUCAUCAAGACCAGUCCCAUCUUCAGCCUGCUGCAGAAGAUGCCCAAAGGGGGAGCUCUCCAUGUCCACGACUUUUCCAUGGUUAAUGUAGAGUGGCUGGUAAAGAAUGUGACCUAUCGACCCCACUGCUACAUGUGCUUCACUGACAGUCAGUCCAUCAGGUUCAUCUUCUCGUCUCAAUGGCCCAAACCUCUGCCACAUUGCUCUCCCUGGAUCCUGCUGGAAAACCUCAGGGCCAAGAUGAUCAACACUACAGAUCUAGACAACAGCAUCAUGGGCAACCUGACGCUCUUCACUGAUCAGGAUCCAGAAACAGUGUAUCCCAGUCAGGAUGUGGUAUGGGACAGGUUUGAACAGUCCUUCCUUGCAGUGUGGGGUCUGGUCACAUAUGCUCCCGUGUUCAGAGACUAUUACUACCAAGGCCUCACAGAGUUCUACAUGGACAACAUCAUGUAUUUGGAACUACGAGCUUUACUCCCAGAGAUAUAUGAAUUGGACGGCAGCACUCAUGACACAGCCUGGACUCUGAAGACCUACCAGGAGGUCACUAGGCAGUUCACAACAGACCACCCAGACUUCUAUGGAGCAAGAAUAAUCUUCACAGUCCAUAGGGGAGUAAAUAUAUCCACGAUGACUGGAGCUGUGGAGAAGGCUAUGAAGCUUCAGAGAGACUUCCCAGAUAUCAUGGCUGGUUUUGACCUGGUGGGCCGCGAGGACACAGGCAGACCCCUGUGGUACUUCAGAGAUGCCUUGUCCCUGCCAGUAGAGAGAGGGGUCACACUUCCUUUCUUUUUCCAUGCUGGAGAGACCGAUCUUGAGGGCACAGAGGUCGACCAGAACUUGUUGGAUGCUCUUUUGUUUAACACCUCUCGCAUUGGACAUGGAUUUGCUCUGCUUCGCCACCCAGUGGCCAAAGAUCUAUACAGGAGGAGAGACGUGGCUGCGGAAGUUUGCCCCAUCUCCAACCAGGUGCUGAUGCUGGUAAAUGAUUUGCGAAACCAUCCAGCAGCUGCUCUGAUGUCAGAGAACCACCCAAUGGUCAUCAGUUCUGAUGACCCUGCCAUGUUUGGUACCUCUGGCCUCUCUUAUGACUUCUAUGAAGUUUUUGUGGGCUUUGGUGGCCUUAGAUCCAAUGUAGGCUCCCUCAAAGAGUUGGCCACGAACUCUAUUAGGUACAGUUCUUUGACUCCAAAGCAACAGGAGGAAGCCUUAGCUCUGUGGCAGAGAAGAUGGGAUAGGUUUGUCUCUGAAAAUGCCUUUUAGAAAGAAAACUAGUGUUUUUAAAAACAUUGUCUGCAGGGCAAUCUUCAUGCUUGACUUCAUGUUUCCUUUGAGAAGGAAAUGCCUUUCGGCGUUGGUGAAUUAAAAAUGGAAAAUGAAUACAAUACUGCACAGGUGAGCAGGUUUGUGGUAGGAACAAAAAUCUGACAACAAAUACAUUUCAUGUCACAGUAGGAAAAACACAGAAUAGAAUUAAUGAUGAUUUGGCCAGUGUGAAACAAACCUAGAUUUUGUCCCAUAAGUAUUAGGGCUAUUACUUGAACUACACAAAUGAAAUAGCUUUUAUCAAAGGCAUCUUAUUAUGUCUGGUUUAAUAAAGAAUUUUCAAUGUAUUUGCACUUUAAGAUUCAGGUUUGCCUCGGCUUUUGGGGGACAGUAACAGUUCCAGAGGGCAUUGUUAACUGGAUGAGGUGCUUAAUGCUGUUUAAUUUGUCCUUGUGUGUUUGUGGUUUGAUUUGUAAGAGUGUAAUAGGUUGCCUGUUGAAAUGGAUGUUAAAUGAUGUGGGCCUUGGAAAAAUAUUCUUGAAGGACACUGAUUUUUUCUUUUUUACAUUGUUUUAUAGGGUUUUUAUUUGGAUUUAUUUUUGAAGCAAUAGCAAAAGAUUGAUAUGAACAACUGUCAGCAUCAUCCAGACAUAUUUGAAUGUUGUGAAGUGUCCAAAUUAACUUGACAUAAUUAAAAACAA